CUCUGGGGCCCUGCGGGGCCGCGGCGGGCAGCCGGAAGUCAGUGGGCGCGGCUCCGGGCAGGUCCCGAGUACUCGGGGAUCCGAUAAGGACCGAGCGACUUGGGGCUCGCGGCGCUGGGGCGCGUUCCCGGCAUUCAGGACAGACAUUUCCCGCCCCUGUGGAGCUGAGCUCCAACUGCUGCUCACCGCGGAGGGGAUGGCAAGCUGCAUUUUCUGUCUUGCGGUCUUCCUGGCUGUGCUGUCCUACGGUUCCGGCGCGCUAGGCGAUGCGCGCUCUCUUUGCUAUAUAUUCAAUGUCUCUGCCAGUGGACCCCCAUGGUGUGAGUUUCUAGGCACCAUCUAUGAGACCCCAUUUUUUAAAUAUUCUUGCAAGAGUCGGACGGCCGAACCCGUCGGUCCUGUGGGGAUGAUGCUGAAUGCCACAGAGGCCUGGAACCAACAGUGUGAACACUGGACGGAGCUGUUCCCUGAGCUCCAGAACGCACUACUGGACAAUCAAAAACAUAUUGACGAAAACUUUGGGAGAGAUUCUCUUGCCCUGCAGGGCAGCAUGAUAUGUGAGCAGGAAUCCAAUGGAUGCCGCAAAACAUUCUGGGAGUUUGGCUUCAAAGGACAGAUGUGUCUCCGCUUUGACUCGAAGAACAGUCGCUGGGCAGAGUUGCACCCUGGAUGUAGUUCGUUGAAAGACACACUGGAUGAUAACAGUGAUAUAUCCAGAUGCCUUGGUUGGAUCUCAAAUGGAAAUUGUGUGAAGUUGCUUAAUCAGAGCACAGUUCUGAACACAAAAGUCCUUCAACAGCUCCUUGAGUCAGCUCCUGAGAAGACUGUUCUCUCUCCUUCCUCAUGUGUCACCUCCUCUUCUGUCACAGCAGGAGGGACUGGCUGCACCAAUCAUGGCCACAACUACAGCCCCAGCCCUAGCCCCAUCCAAGGCCGUGAUUAUCAGGGACAUCAUCGCCUUGAUCCUCACACUGAUUUUUAUCUUACUCACACUUGGCAUCUAGGCUGGAUCCGUUACAGAAGAUGCUUCUCAGAAAAUCCUGAAAAUGUGAUCUAGUUCAGCUUGUGUCCCGUCUGGUUGGCUGCCUUUCUGUCAUCUCCAGCUGCUUACCUGUUGACCUCCAGGAGAUACAGCCCUUGCAGCCUCCAAAAGAUUGCGGUGCUACAGAGGAAGCAACAUGCAUUUUCUCUACUCAGGGCAUAGGGUCUUUCUGCACUUUUUUUUGACAUUUGCUUUUAUUUUCUGUUUGUGUCAGUUGUUGGGAUAAUUGCUGGGGUUCUUGCAGUAAGUCUUCUUUCUUUUUAAACAUUGUAUUUAUUUGAUUGUUGCA